AUGAUAAAUAGCAAUAUUUAUAAAUUAAAUAAUGAUUGCUUAAUACUUAUUUUCCUUCAUUUACCAAUUGUAGAUAGAAUUAGGAUAGAAAGGGUGUGUAAAAGAUGGCAGAAAAUAAGCCAAAAAUCUUGGCAUAAUAUAAAGAAAUUAGAUCUAAGAAAUUAUACCUGGGGAUUUGCUUCUAAUGCUAAAGAAAGUGCAUUGUCUAUUAUUGGUAAUUUAUGUCCUAAUUUAGAAAUCAUUGAUGUCAGUUAUCUCCAAGUACCUUCAACAGGAAUAACAUCAAUAAUAAAUAACUGUCAUAACAUAAAAAAACUUAGUUUAGAUUGUAUAUAUCUUUUCGACACAGAUUUGGAAAAAUUAUUCAAAGCAAUUACAAGAUUAAAUAAUUUAAAACAUUUUAUAAUAUCAGAAUGUUUUGAUACUUUAGAAAAAACUACAAAAGCUAUUGGCAAAUAUUCUACAAAUUUAGAAACAUUGGAAAUUAUUGGUAAAUCUAGUAUAUUGCAAUUCAAUGGUAUAUCACAUAUAAUUACAUUAAGUAAUCUUAAAAAUUUGAAAGUAAGUGCAAAUUGGUUUAUUUGCAACUCUACUCUUUGUAAAUUAAGUUCACAUUGUCAACAACUGAUUUACUUAGAUCUUAGUGAUGUUCCAGGUCAUUUUAUUACAGAUCAUACUUUAGCAGCUAUAGAAAAAUUUACAAAAUUAGAAAUAUUAAUAACACGUGAUUUAUAUCAAGUAACCAGCAAUGGUUUAUUACAUUUAUAUAAUUUAAAACAGCUAAUAUGUCAAGAAUGUAGUUUUUUUGAUAUAACAAUAUCUAAAUUUAUUCAACAUUCCUCUCAACUGAAAAUAUUAGAUUUAUCUGGAUGUCGUAACAUAACAAAUGUUACAUUAAGAAGAGCAGUAACAGCUACUAAUUACAGAACUAAUAAUAUUAUUUUGAAUUUAUUUAUUGGUGGAACUGCAGUUAAUCUUGAAACAUUCAAGGAAGUAUCACCAUUUUUACAAAUAUAUAAUACAGAUUCACGUUACAAAGAAAUAUUUCCAUUUCAUCCAGAUUCCAUAUUAAUAUAA